AUGCUUAGAACAAUAAGGGCAAGACCCUUGAUACGUAAUCAAGUGUCGAGGUUUCAUUCAUCGGCAUUACGCCUCAAUGACUCGAAAAAGAAACCAGAACAAAUCGAUGAAGCUGAAAUGUUUGCUGAUAGAUUGAAUACCCAGCCUUAUUAUGCCAAACGUGAUCCAAGUGAAUACCCAGAAGGUGAGGCACCAUUGUCACAAGAGCAAAUCAAGAAACAGAACCAAAAACUUGAGGCAAUGAAAGGUUUAAUUCAAGGUGUAUUGGUCAUUGGUGCAAUGUUUGGUGGGUUUGAACUAUAUCAAAAAUGGCCAAAUGUCAAAAGUUGGUGGGCAAACUUGAAUAAAGAAGAUGAGGGGUUCGUUCCUCCAAAGAAGAAUAAACCGGUAGUAGAAUUACCAGUAAUCACUAAUAAGAAUGAUAGCUCGGUUCCAGGGUUGUAUAUUUGGGGUGAUAAUUCAAAUGGUAUUACAGGUGAUAAGAAUUCAAUAAGUACCAAAUGGCCAUUAAGACAUCCUUGGUUUGAUGGGAAAUUGUUGAAAAAAGUAACUAUUGGUGAACAUUCUGCUUUGGCUAUUGAUCCAAAAGGUGAUUUGAUCCAAUGGGGGAACGGUUAUAAGAGAAACUCUGACCCUGAAUAUACUAUUAAAGGAGAAGGUUUACAAUUUGCAAAGAUAUCCAAUGGUGCUAUCUAUGCAUUGAAUAAAAAUAAUGAAAUUUUGGUCAUUCCAGAAAGUUCCAAAGAUCAACAGGAUUUCAAAGGUUUACAAAGACGUAAUUGGGCUUUCAUUUCUUCAACUAAAAAUUUCACGAAAGUUCCAUUAGAUCUUUUGCAAAAGGGUGAAACCAUUAAAGAUUUUGAGACAGGUGCUGAACAUUUAGUCGCAUUGACUGAUAAAGGUCGAGCUUUUUCAGCAGCUACUGGGUUCAAUCAAUUACCAAAAUCUCAAGGUCAAUAUGGUCUUCCUGAAUACUCACAUUUUAAUAAACCUCCAGCUCCAAAUACAUUACAUGAAAUCACAUUAUUAAACAAUUCAAUCGAGAAGAAUAAGAAAGGUAAAGUUGAUCAUAUUGAACCUCGUUUCAUUAAAAAAAUAGCUGUGGGUAAUUAUCAUACAUUAGCACUAGAUGAAAAUGGUGAAGUUUUUUCAUUUGGUCAAAACACAUUUGGUCAAUUAGGUCAACCUGUUAAUUAUGAUACUGAAUUCAUUACAAUUCCCAAAAAAGUUGAAUUGUUAAGUAAACAUGUUAAAAGAGAUUUAUUCCCAGACGUUAUAGAUAUUCAUGCAGGUGGUGAUACAAGUUUUUGUACUAUAAAUCCAGUAAAGAUGUUUAGGCUGAUUAGAGGUAAAAAUAACAAAGUUGAAGAAGAUGAAGAUGCUUUAAUUGAUGCAUUUACUGUUGGUUUCGGAAAUAAUUUGAAAGGUCAAAUAGGUAAUGGACAUUAUGUUCAUGCACAAUUCGAUCCUGUUAAAAUUAAAGAACUGUCAAAAUUUGAAGAUUAUAAUGAAGAAACUGGGAAAAUUGAAAAAAUUAAUAUUGAUUCCUGGUCUACAGGUUUUGAUCACACAUUUAUCAAAUUGGGUAAUAAGGAUGUUUUAUUUUGGGGUGGUAAUGAUAAUGGUCAAUUAGGCAAUGGUAAAAAAAAUAGAAUUCCAAAACCUACACCAUUACCAGCAAUUGUGGAACCAAGUUUCACUACAGAAACUUAUAAAAAUUUGACAUUUGUUAAUAGAUUACAAUUACGUGAAAAUCAACAAAUAGUGGCAAGUGCUAAUGCUAGUGCCAUUUACUACACAAAAUAG